GCGCGGUAAGGUCGCGCGGAGCUGUCGGGCGCGAUGGCUGCCCCAAGAGAAAAUGUCACUUUAUUAUUCAAGUUGUACUGCUUGACUGUGAUGACCCUUGUGGCUGCAUCUUAUACCAUAGCCUUACGAUAUACAAGGACAACAGACAAAGAUCUCUACUUUUCAUCUACAGCCGUGUGUAUCACCGAAGUUAUAAAGUUAUUCCUAAGUGUAGGGAUCUUAGCUAAAGAAACCGGCAGUCUCGGUAGAUUCAAGGCAUCAUUAAGAGAAAAUGUCUUGGGGAGCCCCAAGGAAUUGAUGAAGUUAAGUGUACCAUCCCUAGUGUAUGCAGUUCAGAACAAUAUGGCUUUCCUGGCCCUUAGCAAUCUGGAUGCAGCAGUGUACCAGGUAACUUAUCAAUUGAAGAUUCCCUGUACAGCUUUAUGUACUAUUUUAAUGUUAAACCGUACACUUAGCAAGUUACAGUGGAUCUCAGUUUUUAUGCUCUGUGGUGGAGUCACACUUGUACAGUGGAAACCAGCCCAAGCUACAAAAGUCACGGUGGAACAGAAUCCAUUGGUAGGGUUUGGAGCUAUAUUUAUUGCUGUUUUGUGCUCAGGAUUUGCAGCUCUCACCUUUGCUCUAGGAACUCUUCUUGUAUGUGUUUCUAUAUAUCUUUAUGGAUUACCUAGACAAGAUACAACAUCAAUCCAACAAGGAGAAACAGAAUCAAAAGAGAGAGUGAUUGGUGUGUGAUCUUAAUCUAAAGAAAAAUUCUUAUAAAGACUAGAUCAUUUGAAAUUAAUCUAGAGCCUUAAAUCAAUCCCACAAAGUAGCAUACAUACUGGUAUAAGAAUUAAGAAGAAAAGGCAGAAGAGAAGUGGAGAUGAUGAAUGCUUGCUUACCUUGCAGGUAAGCCCCUCUUAUGGUCCCAUGGUCCUCUGAACACCAGAUCCUUGAGCACAGAGCCAGGAGUAAACAUUGAGCAGUGAUGGGCAUGGCCCAAGAGCCCAGACCCCCUCUUCACCCUCUCCAUGUUAAAAAGAAUGAACUAUAAAAAUAAUGUCUGAAAUCAACCUGGUUUUAGGAUGAAGGAAUCUUACAAUUGUAUAUAUAAUGUACAAAUCAAGUCAGAGAUAAUGGUAUUAAAAUAUCAGGAGAUGCUACAAUAGUCAAAUAAGAUUUGGGACAGUGUUGCUGUUAAAGUGCCAAAGCCAUUUCUUCAGUAAGUCACUUAUUUGGAUACCAGGGGAAAAGGAUCACCUCAUCCUUGUUCUUUAUUCAUGUACAGUAUUUUAUCUAGCACUAAAAAUCUAGCUCUUUUCUUUAAAAAGUGAAGCAAAAAAAAUGGAUUAAUUUUGGGAAAAAAAAUGAAUGUGUAACUUCUCAAAGGGAAUCUAUUUCCUACUCAGACAAUGAUUUAUGGGUGGCGACUGAGUACUCCUUUAAGUGCUGUAUUUGUGCCAUUCACUGUCUAGAUUGUAUUUCUUUGCUGGUUAGGUGAUAUACAUUUUUUCUUCAAAAAUAUUUCUAAUGUCACUUUUGUACUUUUUUUAAAAUAAAGUAUGUUUAACUGUGGGGUUCUCAAUAAUUUGUGGAAUUUCAGUGGUUUUUUUUUUAAGUUAUAAUGUUAACAAGGAAAUCCAGCAAUAAACUUUAUUUAUAUGAAAAAAAA